ACCCGAACCUUCCCCUCCGCUUCACCCAACUCGCUCGCGCCCCUCUUCCUCUGUCUCCCUCCCUCCACACCAGAAGCAUCAAGCAAUCGCACCACCAAGCUUUGCUCAAAACUCGCCGAGAAUGGCGGCUUCAGCACCCUGCUGCUUCUUCUUCGACGCGGAGCCGCUCGGCGAGCCCGGCAUGCCGGCGCUGGACGCGUGCGCGCUCUGCACCAAGCCACUGGCGCGCGACAGCGACAUAUUCAUGUACAGAGGGGACACGCCCUUCUGCAGCGAGGAGUGCCGCGACGAGCAGAUGCAGCUCGACGCUAUCUGCUCCAGGCAGGCCGCCCGGAGGCAGCAGCGGUUCUCGUCGGGCUCGGAUGCCCGGCGCUGGCAUCAAGAGUCCGGGAAGGUGCCCGUCGCCAGCUAGCCGGCAAUUAAAGCCUGCUCGUAACCCAGUAGAGUAGAGCUUGGCUUGAAUCGACGGCAUCCGAAGAAUCGCCGAUCUGGCUAGGCAAAGGCGCUUGCUGUCUCCGGUUUGUAUCUCGCCUGAACCGGAGAAGUAGUGAAGGAUCUGAGAAAGUUCAUGUGCUGAGGCUCCGGCCAUCUGUGUCGCCCACUGGACGCAUCCUUUUCAUGGCUCCUUUUUGCCUCUCCGUGCGUGUUUGCUUCAGGCUUUUGAGCCGCGGUUGGCGGCCAGCCACCAUCUGUAAAUCCCUAUUUCAACACGAAUCUUCCCCAAA